AUGGGAUACUUUGCCGAAGCCGAGGAGUGGAAGGACGUCGAGCCUAUCCCGCUCAACGAGGGCGGUCCUAACGCCCUCGCUGCCAUUGCCUACUCGGACGAGUAUGACGAGGCCAUGUCCUACCUGCGCGCCAUCAUGGCCAAGAACGAGAUGAGCGACCGCGCCAUCGACCUCACCGACGCCAUUAUCGACUCCAAUCCCGCGCACUACACCGUCUGGCUCUACCGCGCCAAGAACAUCCUCUCGCUGAACAAAGACCUGCGCGCCGAGGUUGACUGGCUGAAUGAGACGGCGCUGCAGAAUCUCAAAAACUACCAGAUCUGGCACCACCGGCAGACAAUCGUCAACAAGCUGGGCUCGGCCGAGGGCGAGCAGGACUUCAUCGCGCGCAUGCUCGUCAAGGACGCAAAGAACUACCACGUCUGGAGCUACCGCCAGUGGCUGGUGCGCCGCUUCGGCCUCUGGGAGCAGGGCGAGCUCGAGGCCAUCGAGAAGCUGCUCGCCGACGACGUGCGCAACAACUCCGCCUGGAACCACCGCUGGUUCAUCGUCUUCGGCAACGACGCCACCAACUUCUCCAACAAGAAGAUCCUCGAUCGCGAGUUCGACUACGCCAAAGCCGCCGUCCACCGCGCUCCCCAGAACCAAAGCCCGUGGAAUUACCUCCGCGGGCUGGUCCGCCACGCCCAACUGCCGCCGGACACGCUCAAAGACUUCGCGGCCAUGUUUGCCGACCCUCACAAGCCCGACGACGUCCGCUCGAGCCACGCCCUCGACCUGCUCGCCGACAUCUACGCCGCCGAGGGCGGCCGCGACGACGCCGCAACGGCCCUCGACCUCCUGGCCACGCGUUACGACCCCAUCCGCCAGAACUACUGGAACUACCGCAAGUCGUUGUUGGAUGCGCCCGCGGCUGCGCCGAUUAAAACAGUUUAA